AUGUCCGAGCAAGAGCAAACUCUGUAUGAACAAUACAGUCGUCCUCCUAUCGGACCAAAAUUCAAGAUCGGAGACACCGUUCAUGUCCUCGACGAGGCAGUCAGGCAACCGCCAGCAGGCGUCACAAGCAAAGCUCCAGCAAGGGCCUCAACAGAUCGUCCAACAAGAGUUCUCGGCGCGUUUCCAGCAACGUCCUCAACCGGAGGUCCGGCAAGAGUCUCAAUUCCAGCUUCGACUAGUGUCGACGAGUACAUCCGCGAGACAACCUGGGAAAUUACCGCAAUUAACAAAGUCACCGCUGAAGAACGCGGCGAGCGCGCCGAGCACACUUACCGCCUCGAGCCAAAGAAAUUUGUGCAAGUCAUCGUGCCGGAGUCUCGAUUGCUACCUGUCAAGUGGCUCCCAGACGAUAUCGUCAAGGACAGUAGUGGAUUCCUCUACAAGGUCGCAGAAGUCACGUUCCACAGACUUCCGGAUGGCAGCGUCGGUAGGAAGUACGUCGUAAAGAGCGAGACAGGAGGUUGGCACGAGUUCGGUGAUGGGGAAGCGGAAAAUGCAGACUCGAGAGAGUGGUUUCCAAUAGAGGAGUGA